AUGACAACGUCUCAGGCGCCAAAUUGCUCAACAAUCGAUCCUACGAGAAAGGAGUCGGUCCCGUCGAUUAGUUUCUCCUGUGGUUUUCCAGCAGAGCAACCUCAAUACGUUGGCUUCACUGUCAACAUCCCGCGUGCUGAGUCCAAAUUCACUUUCUCGGUCGAGAAGGGAGAUCAAAGCGAAAAUAAUCAACAACGCAAUGCCAAGUCUGAGAAGGCGAAGACAUCUGGCAAGGGCAAGCAGGCGGACACCAACGACAAGCCAGCCAACGUCAACACUCUACCAGAUGUCCCGGACAGGGCUGCCCUGGCAGUCGCUGGAGGAGAUAAUAUCGAGAGGCACGUCGACGACAUGAUCCUUGCAGUUCGUUUCCACCUGUAUCGGGACAAAGCACCAUACGUCAUUGGUGUACCCAUGGCGAAAUUAUCCAUUCACCGGGGCGUCAGAGUCGAUGGGGUUCAUUCUGCCGAAUGUCAAACUAAAUGGCCUCCGGACUCUGUACAGUACUUGAGGGACCAUAACUUCUUCCAUCAUCUCCUCAGGGAUGUGGGUUAUACCUUCGCAACACUUGGUCGGGGGCCUAACUUGAAUCGUCACUUCCGCGAACGGACUGACCUGACUUCGAGACUCAGUUCAAUGCAGAGGUACUCCGCAAGUACUGCAAUAACCACCCGAACGUGGAAGGAUAGCAGCUCACUUAUCGCUUGCAACUCCGGCACGAGUCUUGGACUGAUUUCGCGAUUCCACACUGUCGCGGCACUGCCCGAGAGCACCUGCACAUCUUCGAGCACGAAAAGCGGUUAA